AUGCGGCGGAGCUGGCCGGAAAGCGUACCGUCCGAUCAGCCGAGGAUAUCUGCUCAUCGCCCGCCCAGAACCGCAGUCCUGAUUUUCACCCAGAUGCGGAGCGGAUCGUCCUUUGUAGGCGAGCUGUUCAACCAGCAUCCUGACGUCUUCUACGUCUUCGAACCUCUCUGGGCCUUAAAGAACCACCCCAACAAGACUCACGACGUCUCAGGAGCAGAACAGUUAAGAUUACUUCAAGGAAUCUUGGCCUGUGACUUUAAGAACAUCGUGAACGUUAUGCCGUUUUACCUGAACAACAAGACUUUUGGCGCGUCCACGAAGUCUAAGGUCCUUCUCAAGUUGUGCAAAAGUUUUAAGAAACUGGCCAGGAACGAUUCCGAACCCGGUUUAAGAUGUCCGAUUCCUGAGGAGCUUGUGGCAGAGGUUUUGGGUAGAGCAUGCAGAACUCGACGCUUCACGGUAAUCAAGACGAUUCGCCUGGCAAACAUAAGUGACCUUGCACCGAUCGAACGUGACCUUGACUUGGAUCUCCGAGUUGUCCACCUGGUGCGAGACCCGCGGGGAACCAUUGCGUCACGCCUCGCCUUACGUCAUCACAGGAAGGACAACGUCACCACGUUCUCUGAUGACGACAUCGACGAGGGCGAAGUAGAGGGGCUCUGCGAGUCGAUCUUGAGAAACCUUAAGAACGCCACAACAGUUGGACACUACACGCUACUGCGGUUCGAGGACGUGGCCGCAUCACCCGUAGAACAGAUGAGAAAGCUGCACAAGUCGCUCGGCCUGCCUCUGCACAAGGCCGUCUACAGAUGGAUCCGCGGAAACACCAACGCGUCGGGCCCCGGCCGGGCCCCGUUCUCUACCCGCCGGCGGUCCAAGGAGAGGGUGGGGGGAUGGAGGUUUGCGCUGAGUUUUGCUCAAGUGAAUAUGAUACAGGAAAAGUGCCGCCAGACCAUGUCACUGUUAGGGUACCGUCAUGUGCGGUCAGCGGAGGAACUUGUAGAUGCCUCGAUAGAGCUGUACUGAGCAAACAAGUGAGUGAAGAAACUAGCAAUAUUGACACAAAAUCGAACUUUCGAGCCCCCAUAGAACGUUAGAACUAUGUUCUAUAGAACGCCCUUCUCUACCCGCCGGCGGUCCAAGGAGAGGGUGGGGUGAUGGAGGUUCGCGAUGAGUUUUGCUCAAGUGAAGAUGAUACAAGAAAAGUGCCGCCAGACCAUGUCACUGUUGGGGUACCGUCCUGUGCGGUCGGCGGAGGAACUUUUAGAUACCUCGAUAGAACUGUACGGAGCAAAUAAGAGUGAAAAAAACUAGCAAUUUUGACACAAAAUCGAACUUUCGAGCCAGCAUAAAACGUUAGAACUAUGUUCUAUAGAACCCCGUAUUCUACCCGCAGGCGGUCCAAGGAGUGGGCGGGGGGAUGGAGGUUUGCGCUGAGUUUUGCUCAAGUGAAUAUGAUACAAGAAAAGUGCCGCCAGACCAUGUCACUGUUAGGGUACCGUCCUGUGCGCUCAGCAGAGGAACUUGUAGAUGCCUCGAUAGAACUGUACGG